CACCUUAUAUAAAUGUAUAAAAACCUUUUUUCCACCCAUUGGACUCCAUUUCCUGCUUCUACCCAACUCUAGGAAAAGCAGGCGCUUUGAGUUGAUCACUAUAGGUUUUAGAAGAUGGCUGAUGCCGAGGAUAUCCAGCCUCUUGUGUGUGACAAUGGAACUGGAAUGGUCAAGGCUGGAUUUGCUGGUGAUGAUGCUCCGAGGGCUGUGUUCCCCAGUAUUGUCGGCCGACCUCGACACACAGGUGUCAUGGUUGGGAUGGGCCAAAAGGAUGCUUAUGUAGGUGAUGAAGCCCAGUCAAAAAGAGGUAUCCUCACCUUGAAAUACCCAAUUGAGCAUGGCAUUGUCAGCAAUUGGGAUGACAUGGAGAAGAUCUGGCAUCACACUUUCUAUAAUGAGCUUCGUGUUGCUCCUGAGGAGCACCCAGUACUUCUUACAGAAGCUCCUCUCAACCCCAAGGCUAAUAGGGAGAAAAUGACCCAGAUUAUGUUUGAGACCUUCAACGUACCUGCCAUGUAUGUUGCUAUCCAAGCUGUGUUGUCUCUGUAUGCCAGUGGUCGUACAACAGGUAUUGUCUUGGAUUCUGGUGAUGGUGUCAGCCAUACAGUGCCAAUCUAUGAAGGAUAUGCUCUUCCACAUGCAAUCCUUCGAUUGGACCUUGCUGGUCGUGACCUUACAGAUGCCUUGAUGAAGAUCCUUACCGAGAGAGGAUACUCUUUCACCACAACGGCAGAACGGGAAAUCGUCCGUGACAUGAAAGAGAAGCUUGCUUAUGUUGCACUUGACUAUGAGCAGGAGUUGGAGACCGCCAAGAGCAGUUCUGCAGUUGAGAAAAGCUAUGAGCUUCCUGAUGGGCAAGUGAUAACUAUUGGUGCUGAGAGAUUCCGCUGCCCUGAAGUCCUUUUCCAGCCAUCUCUAAUCGGAAUGGAAGCAGCCGGAAUCCAUGAAACUACCUACAAUUCCAUCAUGAAGUGUGAUGUUGAUAUCAGAAAGGACCUGUACGGAAACAUUGUGCUCAGUGGAGGCUCAACCAUGUUCCCAGGAAUUGCUGACAGGAUGAGCAAGGAAAUUACUGCCCUCGCUCCCAGCAGCAUGAAGAUCAAGGUGGUGGCACCUCCCGAGAGAAAGUACAGUGUCUGGAUUGGAGGAUCAAUAUUAGCAUCUCUCAGCACAUUCCAGCAGAUGUGGAUAUCCAAGGGUGAAUACGAUGAAUCCGGUCCUGCCAUUGUUCACAGGAAGUGCUUCUAAUUUAGGUGAAGAGGACAUAUUGGUGAUCAUUCCUCACCAUCAUCAGCAGCGCUCAAUUCAUUGUGUCAUAUGUGGGUCUUAAGUUUGGUUGAGUUUUUAGACCUGGAGUAUUUUGACAGUAAAAGGGCAAUUUGGGUUAUUGGAUGCUUGGGGUCGGUCAUAAAAAUGCAUUCUCAGUUUUAGUAGGAGGGGGUCUAAGAAGCCAAAUCAUUUUUUGGCAAGGGAACUUCAUUUGGUAGCAAUCUCAUCUGCUUUUGGUCUUUUUAUUGCCCCCCUCUUUCCACCAUGAAUGUGGGAGGAGAGAGAGUUAAGUCGAUCAUAUUUGUCUUCUCCUUUUGGGAUUUUGGGUCAUCUCUGUUCAUAUUUAUAUUGUAAGAGUAAUUGGAUUUCAAUGAGUUUGGAGCUAUAAGAUUUGGAAGAAAAUUUGUGAGGUUA